AUGGACAAAUCUGACCCAGCCAGCCCGAUUCUCAGAAGACCACCGACCGGUAGCAGUAAGGUUGCGCGUCUACUCCAUUUAUAUGAUUUGAUUGACGCAUGGAGGGAAUGUAAUCCCACGGUUAGAGACUACACGCACUUCUCCCAGGUGCACCACACGUAUUCUCGGAUUGACCAUAUUUUAGUGCGUACACCUUUGCUCCCGUACAUGACAUCGGUUAGGAUACUGUCGACCCCAUGGUCAGAUCAUUCUCCAAUUAAACUGUCAGUGAAAGGACUGUGGUCUAAACCUGGUCCUUCUUCAUGGAGACUUAAUCCUAGCUUAUUAAAUGACCCCUUACUGUACACGGAGAUCGAAAAGGAGCUACAGGAGUACUUCAGAAAUAACAAGGCAUCAGACACCUCCCCUACCAUUAAUUGGGGGGCACACAAAGUUACGGUGUGGUGUAAACUGAUUCAAUUGGCUGUUAGGGAAAAGAGGAACCGGGAGCAGACGGUGAGGCAGUUAGAGGCUUACCUGGACCACUUGUUGGAUGAACAGCGUAGAAACCCCCAGCCUGACAUUAGACGUAAAAUAGAUGAUGCACGGUUGGCUCUUAAUCUAAGUCUGACCACCCAAGCAGAAAAGCAUAUCAGCUGGUCCAAGCAUAAAUUCUAUACAAUGGGAGAUAAACCCACCACUAUGUUAGCUACGAAAGAUCAGGCUGGUUUCGUCCCCAAUCGUCAGGCAUCUGAUCAGACUCGUAGAAUUAUAAAUUUAAUUUCAGCAAUUCAGUCGGACUGGGACGACUUUCUUUUUUUAGAUAAAGGGUCAUGUCAUAAGUGUUCAGAAGAAGAGUGGCCAAACGAUAACAAUCAGUGUGUGCCAAAACCCAUUGAAUUUCUGUCUUAUGGAAAUGACCCGGUUCCUCUCGCAGUCUCAGUUAUUUCUGUUUUUCUGUUUGUUAAAACAUGCGCAAUUUUUUAUGUUUUUAUUAAAUUCCGAGAAACUCCAGUGGUCAGAGCUAAUAAUCAAAACUUGAGCUUCAUUCUCCUGAUCUCCAUCAUGUUGAGCUUCCUCUGUGUGUUUCUGUUUUUGGGUCGGCCUGGACCUAUCAGUUGCAUGUUUCGGCAGACAUCCCUUGGAAUCAUCUUUUCAGUGGCUCUAUCUUCCAUUCUAGCCAAAACUAUUAUGGUUUACAUGGCCUUCAAGGCCACCAAACCUGGGAGUUUCUGGAGAAAAUAUAUUGGAGUAAAAAUCCCCAACUGUUUGAUUGUUCUGUGCUCAUUUAUCCAGGUUUUAAUCAGCAUCAUUUGGUUAUUGACUGCCUGUCCAUUUCCGCAAACUAACACUCACCUAUAUGCUGAUACAAUUAUUAUUCAGUGUAAUGAAGGAUCUACUCUGGCAUUUUCAAUACUCCUUGGUUACAUCGGACUUCUAGCUGCUGUGAGUUUCUUUGUGGCUUUCCUGGCCAGAAAUUUACCAGAUAGUUUCAAUGAGACCAAAUACAUCACCUUCAGCAUGUUGGUGUUCUGCAGUGUCUGGAUCGCUUUUAUCCCAGCCUAUAUGAGUGUUACAGGGAAGAACACUGUGCUUGUAGAGAUAUUUGCUAUAAUAACUUCUAGCUUGGGAAUUUUGGGUUGCAUAUUUAUCCCCAAAUGUUAUAUUAUCCUAGUGAGACCAGAUUUAAAUUCAAAAAGUAAAUUAUUAAUACAAACCAAAACCUGGCAAUAGAUUUUAUUAUUUUGUUUUUAUUUAUAAUUUAUACAUUUGAAUCUUAAUGUUAAUGCAUUUUGAUAUUCCUAUUAUAGGUGUACUAUGUAUGCAGACGUUUCAGUAGGAUUGGUUAGACACAAAUGUAUCUACGAAAAAUUGUUGUCACUAAGGUUUAUUGAUGUUAAUUACUUUUAUUUAUUUUAUUGAUAUAA